AUGGGCGCCGCCAUGGGAGCCGGCCGAGCCGCGGGGCUGCUGCUGGUUGUACUAAUGACGAUGCCUAGAGCCCGAGCGAACUGUGGCGAGAGAGAGUACUUCCAUCAAGGUCUCUGCUGUGUAUUUUGUGAAGCAGGUACCUUUGUUGCUGAUCACUGCAGUGCUUCACAUAUGAAAGGAAAAUGUGAUCCUUGCAAGGAAGGAAAAGGCUUUACUGCCCAUGCGAACGGCUUGGAGGGAUGCUUGCCUUGCAGACAGUGCAGAGAGGAUCAGAUAACUCUGAGAUCCUGUACUCUAACACAGAAUGCUGUAUGCAAGUGCAAACAAGGGUAUUUCUGCAAUGAUGAUGGCUGUGAAAUAUGUCAGCGAACCAGUCAAAGGUAUCCGGAGAAGGAAAUCCUGCUGAAUUCCACUGGUGCUUCAGACCCAGGCUUAAUCAAUCAAGGGAAGGAAGCUCUUGUUUGGUUUAUUCCAGUGCUUCUGUUGUCUGGUUUGGGUUUGUUAGUACUUGUUGCUGUUGUUGUUAAAAAGCUGAAGUGUAACAAAGCUGCCUCAACUGAUAAAGAUGUAGAGGGAUAUCUGAUACGAGAACCAAGUCAGAUAACUGUCAAAGAUCUCUCUCAAAGUGAACUGAGAGAGACCUUUGAUGUCUUUACAAAAGAAGUACCACCGCAACAGUGGAAGCGGCUUAUGAGAACUCUUCUACAGGAAAAUGAUAUUGAUAAAAUUAUUUCUAAAUUUCCUGAUAAUAGAGAAGAACAAUCCUAUCAGAUGCUUCUCAUCUGGAAAAAUAGACUGGGAAAGAAACAAUGUAUUAUUAAUUUACUGGAUGCAUUGAAGCAUAUAGAUCCCAAGGCUUAUUCCAGCGUAUCAAAUGCUUUAAAAAGUAUCGGUAUUAUAAGUAGAAGCUGAAGAUUGAUGUUUAUGAGGAACUGCAAAAAUGUUCCUGCAUACAUAUGAGUGUUUUCAGACUUCCUAUAAACGAGGGUGUCAGAAACUGCUAGUGGAAAUGGAGUUGUUAGCCUCAUCUCAUGCAGAGAGCUGGAAGGGAUGUAAUCCCUUUGUUGUUUUCAUAUUUACGUGACCUUCCUACCUGUGGGCUGUAAAAUAUGAAACUUGGGUGCUAGAUGCCCGCUUCGGAGCCAGGAGCUCGGGCAUCCCUUACUUUGUGGCGGUGCUGUCCCAGCCUGGGGGCGGGCACCAAGAGUCCGAUUUCGCCGUUUUUGCGUACCGUGAUGCUUUAAUUUCCGAAACGAUUUUGUUACGAUGUAUCAUCGGACUGCUCAGCACCUCUAUGUUUGAAGCACAGCAAUAAAAGCCCGGCUGAGACGCGC